AUGCGGUUCGAGGAUAUUACAAUUCCUAAUGUGGAUAAAGUCCAGUUGGUUGAUCUCUUAAGCAAUGAAACGACUACUACUGGGUCACUUCAUAUAACUCCUUCCCAUAUUAUUUUCCGUUCCGAUGAUGGCUCACGCGAGAUUUGGAUAUCCACUGGAUUGAUUGGUGUAAUAGAGAGAGGUUCUAUUUCUGCAAAUGGUUGUGCAUUAACAAUCCGUUGCAAACACUUCAGAGUUAUAAGUCUACUUGUCCCAAGAGAUAAAACAUGCCAAGACCUUUACGAAACUCUGAGGAAAAUAGGAGAAGUUGUUAAUGUCAAAGACUUGCCUGCUUUCGACAUCAGAAAUCCUCAGACGAACAGUGGAGGAUGGAAUCGACUGGAGUUCAGUAUUGAGUUCUCCAGACAAGGAGUCUCAUCUGAAUGGCAGGAGACUGAUAUAAACCAAAACUAUGCUAUUUGUGAUACAUACCCUAAUAGAUUAUGGGUUCCUACUAAUGCUACGAAGAACAUCUUGGAAGGUUCAAGCAAAUUCCGAUCCCGCGGAAGAUUGCCUGUUCUCACAUUCUUUUAUAAGCCCUCCUCAGCAGCUUUAUGCAGAUGUGCUCAACCAUUGGCAGGCUUUUCCGCUCGUUGUGUGGAAGAUGAAAAGUUAAUGGAACUUAUUGGGCAAGCCAAUUCAACCAAUAACAAUAUCUGUUUGGUGGAUACUCGACCACUGAUGAAUUCGUUUGUGAAUAAAGUUCAAGGAAAAGGAUACGAGGAUGUUCGUAAUUAUAACAACAUGCAGUUUAAGUCAUUUGAUAUUGAGAACAUACAUGUAAUGAGAAAUAGUCAACAGAAGCUUCUUGACGCUUGCUCAUCGGGAAGAACCAUAACAGAGUAUUUGAAAGGAAUCGAGUCAUCUGGAUGGCUUAAACAUCUUAAAGCCAUAGUUGAAUGUUCUCUCUUCAUUGCUCAAUCAUUACAUAAAGGAAUUUCUUGUGUUGUUCAUUGUUCUGACGGUUGGGACCGAACUGCUCAAACUGUUGCAAUUGCUCAAAUUCUACUUGAUCCUUUCUUCCGUACGAUUCAUGGUUUACAGGUUUUAAUAGAAAAAGAUUGGCUAGCUUUCGGACAUAAGUUUGAUGAUCGUUGUGGUCAUGUAGGAGCUUUGAAUGACGAAGCUCCCAAAGAAAUUUCACCGGUAUUCACUCAGUUUUUGGAUUGUGUCUAUCAAGUGAUGACCCAACAACCCCGAGCUUUUCAAUAUAACGAAAGAUACUUGAUUGUGAUUCACGAACAUGUCUAUUCCUGUCAAUAUGGAACGUUCUUGGGGAAUUGUGAGAGUGACCGAAAGGACCUCUCGCUAUCUAAGAGAACGAACUCUCUAUGGACCGAGCUGGAUACUCGUCAGGAUGAUUUCUUGAAUCCCUUUUAUGAACCUUUCGCUUUUAAUGAAAUAUUGGAUCUCGACACAAGAUCCUCCAAUUUCUCUGUCUGGAGUUCUCUCUAUAAUCGUUUCGAUUUGGCUGCACACCCACGGGAGAAUAUGUAUGAUAGUCUGAUGAAUUCUAUGGAACAUGUCGGUGUCUUAGAAAGCCAUAUUGCCGCCAUGCGGAUGAAGAUUGCUGAGCUCCGAGGAUUGAGUGCUUCAAUGAUUGAUAGUGGUUUAAGCAGCACAGAGGGAGUGGACGACAAAUUAGUACUUGAAAGUCCAUCCUCAAAAGAAAGUGUGGCAGAAUCGGAACUCGAAUUAGUUGAUGAUCAUUUGGGACGAAGAGUAAUUCGUUGGCAGCGUUUGAAUGAAGUCUACAACUGCAGUUCUAAGCGCUGUAUGGCCGAGUUCUCAUCCAAUGUUGAAAGAAAAAUCCAUUGUCAUAAUUGCGGAAAAAUUUUCUGUCGCAGAUGUGUUGAUAUGACGUCGGACGAGAGUGAAAGAAUAUGUUUGGAUUGUGCAAAACGCAAUCAAUAG